UUUGACUUUGCCACCCCAAAUCGAGCACAGGCGACUCAGAUGUGUGGUUGGCUUCGACUUCGUUACCAUGACAAACAUUUUACUAUUGGCUGUAGGGUUGCUAAAGGGCGGAGAACAAGCAGCAGACCCCGGAAGUCCUGUCCUGCAUCUGUGAGGUGAUCGCGACAGCAAGAAUAAGGAAGUGAUUAUCCCACGUCGAGAUAAUAUGGGUAACUUGCACUGCUUCCCCAGUACAUGUGAGCAUUUGGGUGACUUCUGAACAGAUCUGAGUGUGAAUUUGGUUUACAAGGACAAAACAUAGAGAUGACACUGGAGGAGACAUGCAUUUCACAGAAGGCAGUUCAAGCGCUGUUACUCCAGUUCUAAGAAUAAGUCAACUUGAUGCUUUUGAGUUGGAUACAGCUUUAGAACAGCUUGUUUGGUCACAGUUCACCCAGUGUUUUCAGCAUUUUAAACCUGGACAGUUAACCCACUUUGAACCAGAGAUAAAAGCAUUUCUACAGCUUCUUUUGUGGCGAUUUACCAUUUAUUCCCAGAGUGCCACCGUUGGACAAUCUCUUCUGAGCAUCAGAUACAAGAAUGACCUAUCUCAAGCUCAAAAGUACCAACCAAUGAGCCGACAACAGAAAUUGUGGUAUGCGUUGUGCACAAUCGGAGAAAAGUGGCUGCAGGAGAGGUCUCCUGACUUAUUCACAAACCGACCAACAGAGUCUGCAUUUCACAAAGCAAAAUAUUUAAUCGGUAUAAUAUCUGGCCUUACAAAAGUUGCAAGUCUAUUGAAUUUUCUUAUCUUUCUUCAAAAAGGAAGAUUCCCCACGUUGGCAGAACGAUUUCUUGGAAUCCGAGCAGUUUUUAGUAGACCUCAGGGCAUCCGUCAAGUUGGAUUUGAAUAUAUGAAUAGAGAAUUGUUAUGGCAUGGCUUUGCCGAAUUUCUGAUUUUUCUUUUCCCACUUAUCAACACAAGAAAGCUAAAGUCAAGAUUAUGCUCUUGGUUUUCCCCCCUUGACGGUUUCAAGAUCAGUGAUGCCACACUAGCCAGGCAAUGCAGAGAGUGUGCUCUGUGUGGCGAAUGGCCAACCUUGCCACACACCAUCGGCUGUGAUCAUGUUUUUUGUUAUUACUGUAUUAAAAGCUAUUCCAUAUCUGACAUGUACUUUGCAUGUCCUAAGUGUGCUUUGGAAGUUCAGAAAGUUGAACCUGUGAAACUACAGCUUGAAAUGACAGACUUUAACAAAAGCUAAUGGAGCAGACACACUGAAUGUAUGAGGUGUCAUGAAAAAACUGUACAUACCAUACUGUAGAUUCUUCUAAGGACUUGAAAUUAAACUAUAUUGGGACACGUAAACUCCAGUCUCCGUCAUCUUCCGGACUGCAGAGCCUUCAUCGAUGGGCACUAUUGCUAUAAACCUGAUGGAAUGCUGGACUAAGCAGGAUUGUAAACAAUGUAUUUUCUAAAAACCUAACAAAGAGAACAAUUUGUUUUAAUGUAAUGCUGAAACAAUGCAAUUUCUAAUAGUGCUAAUGGCCUCUAUGUCUGUCCUUUACUUGAAGAAAAUAACCUGCAGAGGUUGGUUAGCUCCCUCAGCAGGUCAUUAACUGCCAUUAUACAACAACUUGACACUGCUCUCCCAUUGUUUUACAUGGUGGUCAAUAAGGGAGCAACUCUUUGCUGAUGAAAUGCUUCGAGUCCCACUCUCAAAGUUCACUCUUUCAGUGGACAAUAAUGAUUAUUGCAGACAAAGGUAAUUAAAUAAAAAAAAGUUGUAGUGUAAUACUGAUAAUUGCACUUGUGGCAUGUUCCUCUGUAAUAAUGGAACUCCCUUGUUCAAAUAAUGCCCUCGACUGCCAGUCUGGUUUUAUUGACACCUGAGUUCUAUUACUACCUUGAAACAGGCAACAACAAGACCAUUAUCCAUUAAUUGUUGUUCAUUAACACAUAAAUAACAGCUUGGCAUGUUAAGUUGCUCAGAGUAAUUCUUAUCAAGCACACAUUUUUGUCUGCGCACUCAGAUGAAAACUGCUCAGGCAAAGCAGAACUGAGCACAACAGUUAUUUAACACACUGUUGCCUUUUAAAAUGUAUCAGUUUUAGGUCACAAUCAAAAGCCAUUAUCUGUGUUUCUCUUAUUUGAAUAUUGGACAGGUAUUUAUUAUUUAGCGAUUUAAAAUGAGCUAACAAAUCUAUUGUAUGCCACAUUUCCAUCUGCUACAGGGACACAUUUUGAAAUAACACAUUGUCAAGAUCUAAUAGAGUUGAACUGGUAUUGUCAGUCCCAAUUAUGAUUGCUGUAUUAAAAUAUUAGGGAAAUACUCAAGGUAUGUGAAUGAGUUUUAUAAAGUCAGGUUGCAGUUUGGAUGGUAGACUGCAUAUGGAACAAGCAGCUGCCCCAGUUUUAUACUGGAACAAGAUUUGAUGAAGUUUACAUACUGGUUUAAUGGUGCAGAAGGAAAUAUGGCACUGGGCUUUGUUUAUAGUAUAAGACAUAUACUGUAAAGCCAUAAAUAUUUGCAACCAAAAUGUUUGGCGAAUCACACCCAUAAAAACCUAUUUUGCUCCAGAAAUGUUGACGACCUGUUGCAAUGGCUUUACAGUACUCAUAAUAGCAAUGUCAUCAAAACAGGAUCAACCUGUUGGUCCAUUUAUGCAAUAUUGUAAAAGGAUAUUGAUUGCUGGAUAAAAAAAUGACUAAUUUAAUUAUCCUAUGUACAAUACACUCUCUCUAAAUAAAUAAAUAAAUAAAUAAAUAAAUAAAUAAAUAAUUA